UAUCACAAAAAAAUUAAAAUUCCUUCUACUCUCUCGACGACUUAUCUUCUUCAUCAUGUUCAAAUGAGUUUAAGGUCUAAAAAUGAGCAUUAAUAGAUCAUGGAUGUAUAAAAGGCUUGCCGAUCGAGGAUUGCUAAAUGAAGAUUUUAAGGAAGGGGUUAAUGAGUUUCUUCAAACGGCACUGAACUUAUAUCCAAGUGGUGUCAUUGCAUGUCCUUGUAGAAAGUGCAAGAACAAGAAAUCCUUGACUUGGGAUAUUGUUAGGGAACAUCUUUUUGAAAAGGAGUUUAUAGAAAAUUAUUAUGUAUGGGGGGCACAUGGAGAGACAUCUAAUUCCAACGGAUUAGUUUAUUUAGAUGGAGCUAGCUCUUCUCGAGAUAAUACAUCUGAACUUCCAUAUGACCCGUACAAGGCGAUGUUUGAAGAUGCGGUUAGGAAUGAAUUCCCACCAUCUACUCAAGAUGGUAUGCAUACGAACGACGAUCCUACUCCAAUGGCAGAAAGCAUUCAUGAAAUGCUAGAAAUGACAAGUCAACCGUGUUUUGAUGGUUGUCCGAUGACGGAGUUGAGUGCAAUGACUGAAAUACUGAACUUAAAGACUGAGAUGGAUUUAUCAGAGACUGCAACAGACAGAAUUAUCCAGCUUGUGAAUAGGUUUUUCCCAACACAUAUCCCAAACAGGCCCAUUCAGAAUUUCAAGAAAAUAAAGAGGAAACUCUCGCUAUUGGGAAUGAAACAUCAAUCUAUUGAUUGUUGUCCAAAUGGUUGCAUGAUCUAUUGGAAAGCAGACAAUGAGCUAAUGGAGUGCAAAUUUUGCUCCAGUGCGAGGUACAUGAUUAACAACCAGUCCAAUACAUCAAUUCCGCUUUCAAGGAUGGAGUACUUCCCGAUUACUCCUAGGCUGCAGAGGCUUUAUGCUUCGGAAACCACUGCUGAGAAAAUGAGAUGGCAUAAAGAUCACCAUACAGAACAAGGGGUGAUGCGUCAUCCCUCAGAUGCAAAGGCAUGGUCUCAUUUUGAUAAUCUUUAUCCAUAUUUUGCCCAGGAUCCAAGAAAUGUUAGACUUGGUCUAUGCACGGACGGGUUUCAACCAUUCGGACAAUUUGGACAGAAGUACUCAUGUUGGCCUAUAAUCGUGACACCAUACAACUUGCCUCCCGGUACAUGUAUGAAAAGGCAAUUCUUAUUUUUAUCUGUAUUGGUUCCGGGUCCAAAGAACCCCGCAAAGAGGAUAGAUGUUUAUUUGCAACCAUUGAUAGAAGAGUUGAAGGAACUAUGGGAGGUUGGGGCUAUAACGUAUGAUGCACUUUCAAAGGAAUACUUUAACAUGCGAGCCAUCUUGCUUUGGACAGUGAGUGAUUUCCCUGCAUAUGCUAUGCUUUCUGGAUGGAGUACAAAGGGAAAAUUUGCAUGUCCAUAUUGUACUGAGUUUACUGAAGCAUUUUGGCUCCGCCACAGUCGGAAGCACAGUUGGUUUGAUAGCCACCGAAAGUUCCUAGCAGGUGAUCAUCCAUUUCGAUUAGACACCCAAAACUUUACUAAGGGUAAAGCAAUCAUGUAUGGCCCUCCAUUGCAAAGAGAUGGUUCGUAUUGCUAUGGUGAGAUGGAUGCAUUGAUGUUGGUGACUGAAUUAGGCGGCAUAGAACAUAAUAAAGUGGCUGGAAAGGAUAUCGGAUGGAAGAAACGUAGUAUCUUUUGGGAUCUUCCAUAUUGGAAGGAUUUGCUUUUACGUCACAAUCUUGACGUAAUGCACAUAGAGAAGAAUUUCUUCGAAAACAUAUUUUACACCAUUAUGGGAGUACCGGGAAAGUCAAAGGAUCAUACCCGUGGGAGAAUGGAUAUGGAACAUACUUGCCACAGGCCAAGUAUGGCGCGGGACCGUCAAGGGAAAUAUCCAAAGGCUCCUUUCAUCCUUUCGAUUAAGCAAAAGGAAGCUUUGUGUGUCUGGGUUGAUUCAUUGAAGUUCCCCGAUGGUUAUGCAUCUCGACUGGGACGUUGUGUAGAAAUGGAGCAUCUUAAGUUAUUUGGUAUGAAGAGUCAUGAUUGCCACAUCUUUAUGCAACGUUUACUCCCGGUUGCCUUCAGAGAGAUGCUACCUACAGGGAUUUGGGAGGCAAUUACCGAGAUUAGCUUGUUCUUUCGUGACCUAACGAGAAAGACUGUUAGGGUCACUGACAUUGAGAAACUAAAGCUAGACAUCCCUGUUAUUUUAUGCAAAUUAGAGAAGAUUUUCCCGCCCUCAUUCUUUGACCCCACAGAGCAUCUUCCCAUACAUUUACCAGAUGAAGUUCUGUUAGGCGGACCACCUGAUUAUCGAUGGAUGUAUCCUUUUGAAAACUUCUUAGGAUCAGUGUUAAAGACAAAGAUCGGUAACAAAGCUAGGGUUGAAGCCUCGAUCAGAGAAGGUUAUUUGCUUAGUGAGAUGGGUACAUUUGCGAGUUACUACUUCCCGGAAGAAGUAACCACAAAAGCACGUCGUGUGCCGAGAUUUGAUGAUGGGUUCAUGAUUAAUGAUGAUGCUACCAUUUCCAUUUUUGCACAGAAGGCAAAAUUAAUUGGCGCGGGCACACGCCGAUACAUGGACCAAGAUGAAUCCAAUGCAGUGCACUCAUACGUGUUACGAAACUGCCCAGAGAUUGACCCAUUCAGAGAAAUGUUCAGCAAUGCAACUGGAAUAAUAGCUUCUGAUGAGGUUCAAUUUCAAGCACAAUUCCCAAUUUGGUUUUAUCACCAUGUGCAAACUAAUAAUGUGAGUCAUCCACGAUGGAUUCGGGCUUUAUCCAGAUUUCCUUCUCCGUAUGUGACGACCUACCAGACACUUCAUAUUAAUGGUUACAAAUUUAACACUGUAGCACGGUCUGAAGAGAGAGUGACUUGUAAUUGCGGGGUUAUGGUCAAGUGCACAAGUCAUGAUGGUUUGAGACUCGAUUACUAUGGUUUAAUACAUGAAAUAAUUCAGUUGGACUAUCAAGAUUACAAGGUAAUCGUACUCAAAUGUGAAUGGUUUGAGCCUUCUGACAGAGGUACACGAGUCCAUCCACUAUAUGAUAUAGUUGAUGUGAACAUACAAUAUCGGCUCCAGACUUCAGAUUGCUAUAUUUUAGCAUCACAAGCUGAUCAAGUUGUGUACGUCUCAUAUCCAACUGCAAAGACAAGGACCAACAAGUGGCUUUCUGUUAUUCAUUGUUUGCCACGAGCUUUUGUGGAGAAAGUCUUGGCGGGGAGUUCAACUCACGUAGAUGAACAACCGUUAGCAUUCCAACAAAAUGAACCCGGCAAUUCAUUUGAAACAGGCUUCGAUAUUACAAUACAUCAGCACAUGGAUGACCGCGGUGAUCAUUUUGUCACUUCGAAUGCUCCGGAAUAUAUGAAUGCCGCAUUAGAGGGAGAGUAUGACAUCGAGCAUGACGGUAGUGACAAUGGUGGGAAUAAUAAUUAAGGAAAUUUGUUAGUGUAAUAUGUUUACAUUUUUUACUUGCCUAAAUAAUUCUUCCAAAAUUUUAUUUCCCUCCACUUUGUCACUAAAUCUCCCUCCCUUGUAAAAAAAAAAACCCUCCACUUUUCCGCUUUAUUCUCGGCCCAAAUGGCCAAAUUAAUUUGUUUGUGUAGUGUGUUUACAUUUUUUCCCCCCUAAAUAGGCUCCCCAAAAUUUUAUUUCCCUCCACUUUUUCACCAAAUCUCCCUCUCUUGAAACAAAUCCCUCCACUUUUCCGCCCUAUUCUUGGCCCAAAUUAAACUCUACCCAACUAAAACCCCCAAAAGUGCGGCUGGAAACACUCAUCUUCUCUAGGGCAAUUCUUCUCUGAGGCGGCAAGCUCAAAUCUUCUCCGAGGCGGCAUUCAUCUUUUCUAUGCGGUUGACUCACCUCUCACAGGUCUUUACUUUGAAGAUAAGGGAAUAAAAUAUGACAUCUUUUAAGGGACUAGGUGCUGCAGGGCUGAAAAAGAAAUCAGGUCGUCCAACCACAGAGUUAUCAGGCAGUGCAGGCCGCUCAACACCAUCUCCGCCUUCUACUAUGCACGGGAAAAACUCUGUUCUCAAUACGGAUGCAUUUAAAGGACUGGGGGCUGGUGCACAGAACAAUGAAGUAAGAACUUAUACCAAAGAGGUAUCCGGCAGUUCGGGUGGUGCAUUUAAAGGACUAGGGAGUGCCAUUCAGAAAACUAAACCAAGCAGUUCGGUGAAAGAGGUGUCCAGUAAGUCAGACCGCUCAACACCAUCUCCACCUUCUACUAUGCCAGAGAAAAACUUUGUUAUCAAUACGACUGCAUUUAAAGGACUGGGGGCUGGUGUGCAGAACAACAAACUAAGAACUACGGCCAGAGAGGUAUCUGGCAGUUUGGGUGGUUCAUUUAAAGGACUUGGGAGUGCCGGUCAGAAAACUAAACCAAUCACUUUGGCGAAAGAGGUGUCAAGUAGUUCAGGUCACUCAACACCGUCUCCACCCAUUUCUUUCGAUGGUAAUGCAAUGGGCAGAAACACCGACAUCCAUAUGGGACAAACAACACAGCUUUAUCAACCACCUCCUUCACAAUACAAUGUAGCUCGUCGUACCAGACCAAGUCUUGCUCCAACUGGUAACCAACAGCCAAACGCUUCUGAUUUCCUAAACCACCGAAAUGACACGCCAACUUGCCUCAAUCAGCAAAACUCGCCAAACACGAUUGACGAUCUAACAGAAGGCUAUGACCAAUCACAUGCUAAAGAUGCAGAACAAGAGCUUAUUGAGUGGAAACCCGAUCCAUACAAUCAUCUCAUGUGGGGUGUAGAACCGUUGGACCAUUUUAGAACCAUUUCGGUGUCCAGAUUUGAAAGACCAUGUGUUGGUAUAAAUGCUGCAGGAGACCUUAUUAAUGAACCAGUGGGCGACACAUGUUUGACGUUUCAAGGCAUUGUUUCUAAGCAGAUCAAAUAUAAUCUGCAUCCGGCCGGUCAACGAUGGAAGUGGGUCCCAGAGAAAACAAAACAGCUCUAUUGGGAACAAUUUCAGGAUUUAGUUAAUUGGGAUAUUACCAAGUAUGAUGCUAAAGACAUUAAGGCAGGUUAUGAACAAUAUUUGCGACAACAUGCUUAUUCCAAUGUACUGAAUUAUAUAAGAACGAAAAAACGGCCUCCAACUGUGAACGAUUUCACGUGGGCUGUUCUUGAGGAGUAUAAAAGGUCAAAGCAGUAUAGGAGGUCGUCUGAGUCGGGUAAGAAGAAUCGUAUGAUCGGUGGAGAUAGGUGCAAGCAGUACGGCGGAUCACGAGCAGCGACUGAUAUGGCAGCACGAGAGUUGAGAGUCACAGGUGUGGCCAUAAAUCCUCUCAAGCUUAGUGACACGUACCACCCAACAAAGAGGAAGAAUGGGGAGAUCAUUCACCCGCAAUCGGAAGUUCAGGAGGCUGUUUCGAAGUUGUCGGCUGCAUUUCGAGAGCAUAUUCAAAAUUCUCAAUCAUCUAACAAUGGAACCGAGAUCUCUAAUGCAUCUAAAAUUACAUCAAGUGAGUGGAAUUCCAAAUACUUAGAAGCAGUUGGAUGCAAAAGGAAGAGAGUGUUUGGAACGGGAAGAUACUCAAAAGCUUUCCUUCUUGAGCUUGAAACAAGUGGCAAAGGGCGUUCAUCAUCUUCACGGCGCUCACAUGAUAUUUGUCUUGCAUGGGAUGAAUGGUUGAGGACAUGGUUUGGAUCACAAGGUGAAAAGUGCCCACUCCCAAUGCCACCCUUUGAUGCUAGAUUGCAACUUGAAGAUCCUGAUUUACAUUUAAAGAAUUUUGAGAAAACUUGGGUUUCAUUUUUCAAGGAACACGGAAUGGAUCCACCAACCUUUUUCCCGUCAUCUCAUUGUUCGUCCCAAGACUCCCAAGACUCCCA